AUGAGGCUCGUCCUGGCCGCGCUGCUCCUGUGGGCAUCCUCCGCCGAGUGCCAGCAAAGAGGUCUUUUUCCUGCAAUUCUGAACUUGGCCAGCAAUGCUGAAAUCACAACCAACGCCACAUGUGGAGACCCUCUUCCUGAGAUGUACUGCAAGCUAGUGGAGCAUGUUCCUGGAAGACGUAUUCGUAACCCUCAGUGCCGGUCGUGUGAUGCUAACAGUGCUAACCCCAAAGAGAGACAUCCCAUCACCAAUGCUAUUGAUGGUACCAAUCAAUGGUGGCAGAGUCCGAGCAUCAAGAACGGCCGUCAGUUCCACUGGGUCACCAUCACACUGGAUCUACGACAGGUUUUCCAGGUCGCUUAUGUCAUCAUUAAGGCAGCAAACUCUCCGCGACCAGGAAACUGGAUUUUGGAACGUUCUCUAGAUGGCAUCAAUUUUCAUCCCUGGCAGUACUAUGCCAUCAGUGACACGGAGUGCCUGACCCGCUACAACAUCACCCCCCGCAUUGGACCUCCCACCUAUAAGAGAGACGAAGAGGUCAUCUGCACAUCCUACUACUCCCGCUUGGUGCCUCUGGAACAUGGAGAGAUUCACACGUCUCUGAUAAAUGGCCGGCCAGGUGCUGAUGACCUGACCCCUGAGCUGCUGGAGUUCACAUCCGCCCGCUUCAUCCGCCUGCGCCUGCAACGCAUACGCACACUAAAUGCUGACCUCAUGACCCUCAGCUACCGCGACCCCAAAGACGUGGACCCUAUUGUCACACGCCGGUAUUACUAUUCACUCAAGGACAUCUCAGUGGGCGGGAUGUGCAUCUGCUAUGGCCACGCUCAGAGCUGCCCCUUGGACCCUGUUACCAAGAAACUGCAGUGUGUGUGUGAACACAAUACAUGUGGAGAGAGCUGUAAUGAGUGUUGCCCCGGCUACCACCAAGAACUGUGGCAACCUGGGACCAUCUCCGAUGGCAACACAUGCGAGAAAUGCAACUGUCACAACAAGGCAGAGGACUGUUAUUACAACCAGACCGUGGCUGAUCUGAAGAUGAGCAUGAACACACACGGCCAGUUUGUGGGAGGUGGAGUGUGUAUCAAUUGCACGCAGAACACUGCGGGGGUUAACUGCGAGACUUGUGCUGAUGGGUACUAUAGACCACACAAGGUGUCCCCAUAUGCAAAUGAGCCCUGUUUGGAGUGUAAUUGUGAUAUAAGAGGCUCUGUCAGUCACAUCUGUGUUAGAGACGACAACCAUGCUAACCCUGGCAAAGGUCUCCUUCCAGGUCAGUGUUUGUGUAAGGAGGGUUUUGCAGGGGAGAGGUGUGAUCGCUGUGCCUUUGGCUACAGGGAUUUCCCCUUGUGCACACACUGUGAGUGCAGUCUCGAAGGUAGCCAUAACAUUGACCCCUGUACAGAGUGCAUCUGCAAGGCCAAUGUGAUGGGUGCAAACUGUGACCUGUGUAAGCAGGGCUUCUACAACCUGCAGGCCAGUAACCCGGAGGGCUGCACAGAGUGCUUCUGCUUCGGUGUCUCUGACGUGUGUGAGAGCUCUACCUGGAAUACUUCUUUGAUUGUGCACAGAGAUGGCUGGCUCCGCCCCUCCAUCCACAGCACCUCAGUCCACGCCGUCUCUAUGAUUGAAGACAACCUCAUCAUCGCUAGCAAUGCUACGGCAACCACAGGCCACCUCUCUGUGUUUUCCUGGACCGCUCCAGAGCUUUUCCUCGGCAAUCAGCUGACUGCUUAUGGAAGCUUUCUAAACUACAGUGUGGCGUAUGAUGUGUCGGUUGACAGUAAUGUGGACAAAGCGCUCCCAUCUCAUUUUGACGUGGUUGUACAGGGGAAUGGGAGGACCAUGAGGCAGCAGCAGUCUAGGAGUGUGCUCCUGAACCCUCACAGGGAGCAGCAGGUGGUGCUGGAGAUCCUGCCGCGCUUGUUUGUGGACGUGCACACAGAGCGGAGGGUUCAGAGAGACGAGCUGAUGAGUGUCCUGGCUGAUGUGGCCAGCCUCAGGAUCAGAGCUCACCUGAACAGCAGCGUGGAUGGAGUCCUCCGGUUGAGCUCAGUGUCUUUGGCUGUGGCUGACCCCACCUCCAGAAGCUCUACUCCAGCUCCAGAUGUGGAGCAGUGUGAGUGCCCAUGGGGAUAUUCAGGGACUUCCUGUGAGUACUGUAUUUCAGGGUUUUAUCGAGUUGGAGGCAUCCUCUUUGGAGGAAACUGUCUUCAGUGUGAGUGUAAUGAACAUGCCACUGAAUGUGACAUCGAUGGAGUGUGUCUGAGCUGCUCUCACAACACUACAGGACCCCACUGUGACCAGUGCCUGCCAGGUUACUAUGGCGACCCCACGGAGGGCACAGCAGAAGACUGCCAGCGAUGCGCCUGCCCGCUGACACUGGCGUCUAACAACUUCAGUCCUACCUGUUCUCUACAAGGUCCUGGAGAGGUCAUGUGUGACCAGUGUGAGCAGGGUUACACAGGGGCCAAAUGUGAGAGGUGUGCUAAUGGAUAUUAUGGGAACCCCACUGUCCCAGGUCAGAAGUGCUCAGUGUGUGAGUGUAAUGGUAACGUGGACACGUCUGAGCCGGGCCACUGCGACAGUGUAACAGGCGAGUGUCUGAAGUGCGUGCAACACACAUCAGGCCGACACUGCGAGCGCUGUGAAGAUGGUUACUAUGGUGACGCCGUGACAGCAAAGAACUGCCAAGACUGUGGCUGCCAUUCUAACGGCUCAGUGUCCAGUGUGUGUAACAUCAUAACUGGGCAGUGUGAGUGUAAGGCCAGUGUGGUGGGAGACAAGUGUGAACACUGCCAGGUUGGUUUCCAUGGCAUUAACAGUGGUGAUGGCUGCAGGUCAUGUGAAUGCAACCAGUCAGGAUCAGUCUCUGAGGCAUGUGCUGAAGAUGGCCAGUGCCAGUGUAUCGUUGGUGUAUCCGGUGACAAGUGUGACCGCUGCCAGCACGGCUACUACAAUUUUACAAACAACGGCUGCACACCUUGUGACUGCGCUCAUACACACGGAAACUGCAACGCGGAGACAGGAGAGUGUAUCUGUCCACCACACACCAGAGGAGAAAAAUGUGAAAUGUGUGAGGAUGACCACUGGGGUCAUGAUGGAGUGACUGGAUGCAAGCCAUGUAAUUGCAGUGCAGCUGGAUCCAACUCAUCACAGUGUGAUCUGCUGAGUGGUCAGUGUGCAUGCAGGCUACAAUUCACCGGUCAGAAAUGCGACCGCUGCGCUUUAGGUUUCAGGAAUUUCCCAGAGUGCACUGCAUGCAACUGCAACACUAACGGCACUCGUGAAGACUUCUGCAAUGAUGGGCUGGGAGUGUGUGGAUGUGAGGAUCACGGAGUGUGUGUGUGCAAGGAUAAUGUUGGUGGUGGUGGUUGUGAUGAGUGUAAGAGUGGUACGUUUGGUCUGUGGGGACAGAAUCCGGCUGGCUGCAGUCCCUGUUUCUGUUUUGGAGUCUCUUCUGUCUGUGAGGAGCUUGGUGGUCUGGUCAGAGUGCCUAUCACUGUGGGUCGUGAAGCUGAGCAUCUGCAUGUAGUGAGUCAGAGUGACCUGCAGGGGACACUGGAGGGUGUUUACAACACAGAUGGGGAAGUGCUACUGGAUGUGGCUCAGCUCCAAAGUGCCUCCACUCUUGCUGGGCCUUACUAUUGGAGACUGCCUCAGCGCUUCCAGGGCAGCAAGCUGUUGUCUUAUGGAGGUGAGCUCUCAUAUUCUGUGGUCUUUGCUGCUCUGGAUGGGUCGGGUCUGUCCAACUACGAGCCUCAAAUACUGAUGAGAGGAGGUCACCUGAGGAAGCUGGUGAUCUACACAGAUAUGCCUGCUCCAGAGCAUGGCAUCCGCACCACACAGCGUGUCUCUCUUGCUGAGCACAAGUGGAAGUACUUCAACGCGGUGUCUGAGAAAGCUGUGAGCCAUGCAGAUUUCAUGUCCGUCCUGAGCAAUGUGGAAUACAUCAUCAUCAAGGCUUCAUACGGCACUGGCCUCCAGCAGAGCAGAAUCUCAAAUAUCUCCAUGGAGACGGCAGUGGAGGCAGAUGAGGCUCCUGAGGGCACACAGGUGGCCAGGCUUGUGGAGGCAUGUGAAUGCCCUCCUGGUUACGCAGGCCUGUCCUGCCAGGAGUGCGCUCCCGGUUACUACCGACAGUCUGUAUCUGAGCUGAAUAUGAAAGGUAGGAACAGGCCUUUGAUUCAGCCCUGUGUGCCCUGCCAGUGCAACAACCACAGCCUGGCCUGUGACCUGGACACGGGCAAGUGUCUGGGCUGUCAGCACAACACAGCAGGGGAGCACUGUAAUGUGUGUGCUCCAGGUUAUUAUGGCCGGGUGAAGGGAUCCAUCAGUGACUGCUCAAUUUGUGCCUGUCCACUGCAAAGCAACAGUUUCAGCCCUACCUGUGUGCUGGAGGGUGUUGGAGAUUUCCACUGUAAUGCCUGUAAACCAGGCUACGAGGGGCGAUACUGUGAGAGGUGUGCAUUGGGUUACUAUGGCAACCCUUCGGAGCCAGGCGGGAAGUGUGAGGUGUGCCAGUGCAGUGAAACUGGCUCCCUUCACAGCAUAUGUGAUGCACAAACAGGAAAGUGUAUGUGCAAGGCUGGGGUCAGAGGGCACUUGUGUGACCAGUGCGACAACAGAUACGUCCUGUCUGAUGACCAGUGUGUGUCAUGCGACGAUGAAUGCACUGGGGUGCUGCUGGAUGAUGUGGAUGCUAUAGAAGCUUUGUUCCAGUCUCUGAACCUCAGUGGUGUUAUCCUGGCGCCCUACAGCCUGCUGAUCAGCCUAGAGAAUCAGACUCAAGAGCUCCAGACUGCAUUCUCAUCAGAGCAGAACACAACUUAUCAGCUGGGGAACAAAAGAGAAAGGGCUGUAACAAAUCUCAGCCAGCAAGUGGAUGAGCUGCAACAAAAGGCCAUAAAUGUGUCUGCUGUUGGAAACAAUGCCCUUCAGGCCUCUGAAGAAAGGCUUAAUCAAGGAAAAGACCUUCUGGAUCUGAUUUCGAACAUACACGCUGCCAUCCAGGUUGUGGAGGAGGAAGUGGGUAAUCUCAAUAAGACAAUGUGGGAGGAGAUAGAAGAAGGCAACAGCACUACCCUGCUAGAGCAGAUGACUGCCAUGUUGGAAAAGAUGAGGGACAUUGACCUGGCCAACAGCAACAUCACUACUGAAGAAGAACUCAGUGACGCACUGGCUCUGCUCGAGAGCAUACAGAAGGAGAUGGUGGAGCCCUCUAAUCGUAUGGAGACCCUGAAGGAGAACAUCUCUACAGCACUGAACAGACAUAACCAACAGCUCCAAGAAGCCCGAGAGCUCUUGAACACAGCCAAAAGCCAUAACAAUCACACAGAGCAUCUUCUGAAGAACAUUCAUACAAACAUAGAGGAGUUCACGGCCUUGAGGCACAAUGUCAGCAGUCUGAACCAGUCAGUGGAGACCCACAUGGAGGAUGCUCAGGAUCUGCUCACUGAUGCAUUUAACAUUGCUGGAGACAUUCACAACUUCACAGCGAGGCUGGAGGAGACGAAAGACGAGCUGCUGCAGUGGAGUCCUACUCUGAGGAAGCAUGUAGAUUCUCUAGUGAUGGAGCUGACCAAGACAGAUGCUCUGCAGCUAGUCUACAGAGCGGAAGACCACGCCCAAGCCCUCAAAAAAGAGGCACAAGCAGUCUAUAGUACUCUGUCUGGGGUAAGAGAAGCAUCGCAGAACGUCACCAGUGCCUCCCAGGUCAACUCCGACAUCACCACUAACAUCCAACAGGCUGAGGAACUGGCUCUUAUAGCCAAUCAGAAUGCUAGUUCUGCCCUCAACCUGACUCUACAGUCAGAUGAGUCUUUAACUGAACUGGGCAAACGGGCACUUCAGAGAAGCUUCAAAAUUCUUAAUGAAAGUGCAGCUUUGAACAACUACGCUGAAGGGCUUGUACUUAAUGUCAGUGAUGUAAAUAGCAGGCUCAGUGUGGUCAGAGCAAGUGUGGACAACUUUACCCAGCUGCUCCCUGAGACUCUGCAUGUCCUGGGGAACCUGUCCACUGAUGCCAAGGUGCAGGUUCUGGAGGUGAAGCAGCAAACAGAAAAGGCCAAUGCCUCACUGCAGAAGGCUCUAGAUCAUCUGGAUAACUACCGUGUGAAGCUGGAGGAGUCUUCCUCAGCCAUUAGCUCAGCUAACAGCAGUGCCAGGACUGUUAACAGCAUGGUCAAAGACUCAGAGCAGACUGCCAGUGCAGCUGAGUCUAAGCUAAAAGAAGCCCAGCUGAGGACAGAGAGACUUUUUGACAGGCUGAAACCUCUGAAGACGCUGGGAGAGAACUUGAGCAGGAACCUGUCUGAAAUAAAGGAGCUGAUAAACCAGGCCCGCAAGCAAGCAGCCUCGAUUAAAGUUGCUGUGUCAGCAGACCGGGAUUGUGUGCGGGCAUAUAAACCAGAAGUGACCUCAAGCAACUUCAACACUCUCACCCUGACUGUAAAGACAACUGAACCAGGCAACCUGCUCUUCUACAUGGGCAGUAGUUCCAGUGUGGAUUUCAUGGCGCUCGAGAUGAGGCAUGGCAAAGUGUCCUUCCUGUGGGACGCAGGCUCUGGACAUGCUAAGCUGGAGUACCCCGACGUGCAGAUAAACAACAACAAAUGGCACAGGAUUAAUGCCACUCGAUUUGGAAAGCAGGGCUCCCUUACUGUUCAACAAUUGGACUCGGAGCCAAUGCCAACAGUGAAGACCACAGCCCCGGGCUCAGCCACAGUCAUGGAGGUCAGCAAGUCCACCUGGGUGUUCGUGGGAGGCCUGGGUGGACAGGUUAAGAAAUCCCCAGCAGUUAAGAUGUCUCACUUCAAAGGGUGUAUGGGUGAAGCCUCUCUGAAUGAGAAGAACAUCGGCCUGUGGAACUACGCUGAAAGAGAGGGAGGGUGUGGAGGUUGCUUUAUGAGGCCACUGAUGGAGGAGACUUCAUUCUACUUCGAUGGCAGUGGAUAUUCAGUAGUGGAGAAGUCUCUGCGCUCCAUCUCCACAAGUGUUGUCAUGUUCUUCAAAACACUCUCACCCAACGGACUUCUGCUCUAUCUGGCCUCCAAUGGCACCAGAGACUUCUUAUCCAUUGAGCUGGUGGAGGGCAGAGUGCACCUGACCUUUGAAUUGGGCUCUGGACCUCUCACGCUGACCUCUACCAAAACUUACAACACAGGAACCUGGUACAAAAUUGCUCUGCAACGCAACAAGCGCAAAGGCUACCUAGCUGUGAUGGUUGCUGAUAACCCCUCAGAGAGAGAAGUGAUGGAGGCAGAGUCUCCUGGAACUGCCUCAGAUCUGAACCGUUCGGAUCUGGAUCCCAUUUACAUCGGUGGAUUACCUGCAUCUAGACCAAUCAGGAGGCAGGUUGUUGCACGCUCCUAUGUGGGCUGCAUUAAGAAUGUGGAGAUUGCACGCACAAACUUUGACCUGCUGAAGGAGUCCUAUGGCGUGAAGAAAGGAUGUAUCCUAAAGCCCAUCCGUAGUGUGUCCGUGCUGGGUGGGGGAUACAUACAGAUGCCUGCCGUCACUGUGGGUCCUCAGACAGAAAUCAUCAGCAGCUUCUCCAGCAGAAACAGCAGCGGUCUCAUCCUGGCAGGCCUUAACUCACCCUCUGGACGCAAACGCCGCCAUACACAGCAGUCCUUCCUGGUUGUUGUGCUGGCGUCAGGCCGGGUAGAAGUCCACGUGAGCAUGGCAGAAGGAGGAGGUGUGCACAAGGCAGUUAUCAAAUCACGGAACGGCACAUUCAGUGAUGGACAGGAGCACUCCCUCAUCCUGCAGAGGAACAAGAGAACAUUAACAGUGUACGUGGAUGAGGAACAGCAGGAAACAGUACGCCUGGGCUCUGGUGCAGAGAAGGUUUUCACUCUGAGUAACUUCUACAUCGGUGGGGUUCCAGCAGGAGAGACCACCGCAUUGCUUGCCUCCACCACCUCAUUCUAUGGCUGCAUAAGGAACUUGGCUGUGGACAACAUGCUGUUAGACCUUUCGAGUGCAGUGAGGUAUGAGCGAGUGGACAUGGACAGCUGCCUGCUGGAGGAGCGGCCCAGGCGAAUUCUUCUGCCAGACGAGGGCAAUGUAGAGGCAGAGCCCACUGCUGAUCCCAGCCAGCCGCCAUUAUCACCCCCCACUGAGCUCAAUGCUGUCACACCCGGAGCGUCCACUUGUGUUGCCAUGGACCACAUAGAAAGUAUCCCAGAUGCCCACCAGUUUGGACUCUCCAGAAACAGUCACAUGAUCAUCAGCUUCAGGAAUAAGACUGUCAGAUCAAGUUUUACAGUUGAGCUGUCCAUCCGGACGCUCGCUACCAGCGGGAUCCUGUUCUACAUGGCUAAUGCUAACCAGCAGGACUACGCAGUGCUGCAACUGCAGGGUGGACGGCUGCUCUUCUCCUGUGACCUGGGCAAAGGCCCUGCCAUCACCACCUCGCGCACGCAGAUCAGCGAUGGACAGUGGCACACUGUCAGGACAGACUUCAGUAAGAAGAGCACACUGAUCAGUGUUGAUGGAGUAGACUCUGAGCGCACUCCAAUUAAAGGCCACACUCUCGAUGUGGAGGGGAAGCUGUACCUGGGUGGACUGCCCAAGGGCUACAUAGCCAAGAGGAUUGGAAACGUGACCCACAGCAUGGCUGGCUGUAUGCAGAAGAUAAAGUUGAACAGUGCUGAGCUCAGUCUGCAGAACGCAGCUUCAUCCCACCAGACAGACACCUGCUUCAGCUCCGUUCAGGAGGGCUCCUUCUUCAACGGCUCAGGAUACGCUACUUUCAUGAAAGAGGGCUAUUACGUAGGCUCUGAUGUGACAGUGAGUUUGGAGUUUCGCUCCACAGCGCUGGACGGAGUUCUGCUGGGGGUGAGCAGCACAAGGGUGGAUGCCAUUGGACUGGAGCUGCUCAAUGGCCAGGUGGUAUUUAAUGUGAACAACGGUGCUGGACGCUUCUCGGCCGUGUCCAGGAGCAGGGGGCUGCUGUGCGAUGGCCGCUGGCACACCCUGGUGGCUAAAAAGCUGAAACACAGUCUUAGUCUGACCGUGGACGGCUUGACCGUCAGUACAGAGAACCCACACUCUUCAUCCACCUCUGCCGAAACCAAGAACCCCAUCUAUGUUGGUGGAUAUCCAGCUGAUGUGAAGCAGAGCUGUCUGAGCUCCAGAACAUCGUUCCGCGGCUGCAUGCGUAACCUACGCUUCUCUAAAGGUCAUAUUACAGACGUCUUAGACUUUGCAUCAGCCUUCGCCCGGCCAGGUGUCUCGCCACACUCCUGCCCAGCCGCUCCUGCUGCCUGACCUGCUCUAGAACAUUCCACACUCUCUCUCCUCAUGUAAUGAUUGUAUAAAAAGAAAAUGUACUUAAUUUUUAAUAUUUUUUAAAAAUUAAUUUUUAAAAUUUGUAUUUGUGAAACUGAUGCCUCCGAUUCCUGAGGCUCCUUAAAAAUGUUUACUCAAAUGUGUCACUACUCACUUGUUUCUUAAUGAAAUGCAAUAAAGUGCUCAGGAAAUUA